GGUUUAAAUUGUUUUUCCUAAGCUAGUGCUAGCCGCUUUGGGAUGGGCAUUUAGCUGUACAAUAGCGUAAGCGGGACUGCAAAAUUCUCAGAGAACAUUGUGCUGGACAAUUUUUGUGAUCAAAGCAAUCCAUGCAGCUGUUUCAUAAUCCAAUUAUUUUGACAAAUCGCUCGUAGCAAACCCCUCGCAGAGAUGGCAACUAGAGCUGCUCCGAAAUCUACUCGAAAAAUUGCUCCAAGAGCCCAAAAAACUGCUCCAAAGACUACUGAAAAGGCUGCUCCAAAACCAGCCAGUUCUUCCUCGAAGGAUAAACCAAAAUCUGCUGGAGCCUCAGACGUCUCGUUGGAUACUGAGUUUUCCUAUUAUUGCGCAUUACUUCAAGAUUUAAUACCGACUAUUGAAUACGAAAUAUACCAAGAAAUUGCCAAUAAAUGGCUCACCAAGCUAUGCGAACCUUUUCUAAACGUGAAAACCCUCCGGGAUAAACGAAACCGUUACCUGCAGAUGCUCUGCAUCGGUUCGCUAGCUGGCGAAACUCAAGUUCCUUUCAAUGAGCCACCUCCGGUUCAAAUCCCGGAGAUUGCCGCCAUCAAGAAGCCAAUGUUGCGUGCCCCAGCAUGGCACGAAAGUGCCGCUGAAUGGAAGGAACAUCUCGCCCUUUUGGCGGAACUGGGGACUAAACUUAAAAUACCUGCCAUCCGGAAAUGUCAGACUCACGCCAAACAGUGCAGUGGCGGGAAGGAUGCCCGUGGAACUUUUCUCGACCGUCAAUUUGAGUUUUUCCUCUUCCUGUCAAGAAGUUAUCUUCGUUCAAUGAAAUCCUACCCGGAGCUGCGAUUGGCCUGCCGAUGGGUUGAAGCGUUGUCUCAGAUCGACCAAAAGUGCUGCAUCCGAGCCAAGGGAAUACGGAACGAUUAUGCCCUAGCGUUGAUGGGCUAUCUACUGCACCACCAAAUGGUAGGUCCAUUUCGCUCAAUGCCCGUACAUCCACUGGAACCGUUAUUGGAUGCCGCGAGGAAGGUAGCCGAUAAUACACCAAUGACCCGUAUCGACGAUUUUGGACUUAACGAGAAGGGAGAUUUUCUAAGCAAUUUUCCUUUGCCGGAAGAAGGAGCAUUUGCGUUCAUUUCACUCAGUUCGGCUUUGAUGCAAAAGAUGGGAGAAUUGACGAAUUCCUAGAUCCAGCACUGGGCUUAGUACAUUAAUAUCAAAUUUAAUUUAUUUGUUGACACUUCCGACGAAAAUUGCAGUUUUUCUAAAUGACGGAAUUGUUCUUUGUCAUGUUAUCAAAUCGA